GCGAGCCGCGUCGAGGCGUCAUAUGACCGCGGCGCGGGGGCGAGCUGGGCCGUGUGGGAGCGCGCCGGUGCCCGACAGCCGCCGCCGCCAGUCCCGGGCCGAGCCCGCCAGUACCCCCGGCCCGCCCGCCCGCCUGCCGCAGCCAUGCUGGCGUUGCUCUCCCGGCUGCUGGACUGGUUCCGCUCCCUCUUCUGGAAGGAGGAGAUGGAGCUCACUCUGGUGGGGCUGCAGUACUCGGGCAAGACCACCUUCGUCAACGUCAUCGCGUCAGGUCAAUUCAGUGAAGAUAUGAUUCCUACUGUGGGCUUCAACAUGAGGAAAGUUACAAAGGGUAAUGUUACAAUAAAGAUUUGGGAUAUAGGAGGGCAACCACGAUUCCGAAGCAUGUGGGAGCGAUAUUGCAGAGGAGUUAAUGCUAUUGUCUACAUGGUAGAUGCUGCAGAUCGUGAAAAAAUAGAAGCCUCUCGAAAUGAGCUGCACAAUCUUCUAGAUAAGCCACAGUUACAAGGAAUCCCUGUUCUAGUACUUGGAAAUAAGAGAGACCUUCCUAAUGCUUUGGAUGAGAAACAGCUAAUUGAAAAGAUGAAUCUUGCUGCUAUUCAAGACAGAGAAAUCUGCUGCUACUCAAUUUCUUGCAAAGAGAAAGAUAAUAUAGAUAUCACGCUUCAGUGGCUUAUUCAGCAUUCAAAAUCAAGAAGAAGCUGAAGUCUUCCUGGAAUCUCCAGUACCAGUCGGCCAUAAUCUCAAUUGUCCACUUCCCUCCAUAAUGAGAUACUACCCCAAAAUCCUGUAUCAAGAAUCUGCCUUUUCACGGUUCAUUUCUCAUGUGCACUGCUGAAGACUUGUAUUCCUAUUCUGUCACAAAACAACUAGAGUUGUCAUGAUAAAGUCAGCACAAAUAUUUAUUUUACAACCAUCUAUGGUGGGAGGGUUGGGGGGGGGGCUUUUUAAGAAAAGAUAACCUAAUCUCUCUACCAUGUUAACUAUGAUGGUACACUCUGUUCUGGUUUUUCAGGGCCAGGUUUUUAUAUGAUUUUCAGCAGGUGUUUUAUUUCUAGUGUUUAGUGGCUUGAAGAUGCUGAUGCUUGACAGCAUUAAGAUUCUGUAAGAUGCCACAUACAGUAGUUAGAAAACAUUUAAGCGUGAGUUGUGGGAUACUGAUUAAUCUCACAAAUGCAUGUGAUGUGUGUAUGUAAGCAGAGAAAUGGAAGCUGUUUGCAGAGGGGAGCACAAGGCAUAAUAGAUCAGCAUCACUAAUCUACAGCUGAGAUCUUACCCUGUCACUUGAAAAGGAAAACUCUCAUGAUGCAUUAGGAAAGAGUCAAACUGUUUAAAAUCAUUUUGUUGCUUCUGUUUAACAUUUAUGUGGGGAAUGGGAAUGGACUGUUAUGUCAGACUUUCAAAAAAAUUGGAGUAUUCCAGCAUGAAAACAAAUUGCUAGGAACAUCAGACUUUGUUCAAAUACAUUUUUCUAUCUGCAGAUACUGGUGGUCUCUAUCUGAAACCAGAACAUACAUUCUGAGCAGCUGCAUGACACUUAAAUUACUGAUGUUUCUGUAUAGAGUCAGUUGUUGACCUUUAGCACAAUAUCUAUGUAAUUGUCUAGUGUCUCUCCUGCUCAUGAAAUGGCUGGGCACAGUUUCACCUGGUGCUAUGGAAUAUCUAGGCUAUUGUGACAACUCUAGACCUGCCUGCUUUCUUGAUGUAACCAUGUGCAAAGUCUGUAAGUUGCAAGGUGAAAUGUUCUACUGUGUCAAAGCACAAGAGAGCCAAUGAAUUGAUCCUGUUUCUCAAGUAGCUCCUACAGUAUAGGGAAGUAUGCAUAAACUAAAGAUUGUAAUGUUUUUUGUAGCUUUAUUUUCUCAAUGACUUCAGUAUAUUUAAAGGGACGGACUUGUUAAGACUGGUUUGUUCAUACAGUAAUGUCAGUGUAGCUUACUAGUGUAUGCAAAUACAUGGUACACCUGCUUGUGUUGCCUCACACUGUGUGUGAUUCUUCACCUAAAUGUGGUUUGCGUUAUGUUGGAGUCUUUGGUUGGAAACAGUUUAGUCCAUAUCAGUUAUGACAAGCCAGUUUUAAUUUAGACUGCCAUGGCCUUACUGUUCUGUACCAACUAUCGCUCUGUUGCACAGACACUACAUGCUGCCUGCAUUCAGUCUGAAUUUACAUUUUAACUUUUUGUCCCCUUUCAGUUCUCUGAAGCAUGAUUUCAAUUAAUUCAUACUCUGGUGCUGUAGAGGAGAGGGUAUAUUAACUUGCUACUGUAGUCCCUAGUUCACCAGGAACUGCUACAGGUAACUUCUAUUUAGCAAACUUGCUUGUGCCUAAAAUAAGGAAACUAAACUAGAAUGUGUGAAUCUUUGUGGGGGACCAGGUCACUGUUUAGUUAACUGGCCUAUAGCUAAACUCGAUGUGUUUGGUGUUUAUAUACUUCACUGCUUUCAGCAUUUAUGGCAUCCAAACACUACCAAUUGUUAACCUGUGCAUUACUCUCUGCAUGUGAACAACUUAUACAAUUACUGAACUUUGUAAAUACGUGAAUUUUUUUAUUUAGGUGGAUGCAUAUGUUGGUUUACUGCUCUUCAGCUUUAUUCAAUAAACUUAUGUUUUGAGGGUUGUAUUGACACUUAA